GUGUCAUCAAGUGUCGGUCGAAAUUAGAAUAUACUGGUGAAGUGAACUCUUUGAAGAAUUAGUGCUCGCGCAUUUUAAUCAAGAAUUGCAGCGAAUUAAUUGAACAAUCAAUUUCAAGAGCAAGCCAAUUGUGAAAAGAUAUAGUGAGAAACAGUAAUCGCUGAGAUGUCGGAAAAGAAUAUUGAAAAAGUGGAUCCUGAGAAAAGCAAAGGUUUGGAAAAUGACAAUGAUGCGGAUGGGAAUUCAGAUAGCACAGCGGAGGCUGCCGCUACACCCACCGAAGAAGGUCCUGCCACUUUCGAUAAGGCUAUCGAAGGUGCUGGCUUUGGCAUCUUCAAUCUGAUGCUGUUGAUUGUCUCCAUUCCCGCUCAAAGUGCUGCCAUCUUUGAGUCCAGCUCUAUGUCCUACAUCCUGCCCAUUGCCGAGUGUGAUCUUCGCCUGACUCUCGAGGACAAGGGUGUGCUGAAUGCAGUGGCCUAUGCCGGCAUGACCAUAUCGGCCAUUGCUUGGGGUUAUCUAGCAGAUACCAAGGGUCGCAAAAAGAUCCUCUACUGGGGCUAUCUGAUCGAUGCGGUGUGUGUUUUUGGCAGUGCUUUGAGUCAGAACUUCACAAUGCUGGUGGUGUUCAAGUUCUUGGGAGGAUUGGUGGUAAAUGGGCCAGCUGCUGUGCUGUUUACCUAUCUUACGGAAAUGCAUGGACCCAAGCACCGAUCCUCCGUUCUGAUGAUCGUCGGUAUGGUUACCUCUACGGCGACGGUUUCACUGCCUCUUCUGGCCUGGGGAAUAUUCCCACGAGAUUGGGACUUUGAGUUUUGGGGCCUGCAAAUCCACAGUUGGCAGAUUUUUCUAUUCGUUCUGGGCAUCCCGAGUUUAGUCAGUGGUCUGAUUUUCUGUGGCAUGCCAGAGAGUCCUCGAUUUUUGAUGGCCCAAGGACGCAACGAGGAAGCUCUCCAGGCUUUUAAGCAGAUCUACCACGUGAACUCCCGCAAGCCCAAGGACACCUAUCCAAUAAAAUCCCUUAUUCAGGAGGUGCCCAAUCGCAAGGCUGUCAAGGACGAGGUUAUCUACACCAUUGAGGAGAAGACCAAAGAGGUCCCCACAAAGCGACAGUCUCGAACUCUGGCGGAGAGUCUUCGAUCUGGUUUACAGCAGAUGAAACCUUUGUUCAUGAAGCCGCUCCUUGGAUUGUCCAUCUGCUGCUAUGUGAUGCAGUUCGGCAUCUUCCUGGGCAUGAACACUAUCCGUUUGUGGCUGCCACAGCUCUUUGCAUCCAUGGCGGAAUUCGAAUUCCUUCAUGCCGGAGAUGAUGUACAGGCCAGCAUGUGCACCAUCCUGGAGUUCAGCGUUAAUAAGACGGCGGAGACCGCCUUGAAUUAUGCCGACGCCUGUUCCGAGCCCAAAGUGAUAUCGAUGGACAUGUACCUGAACAACAUUAUUGUGUCGGCCACUGGCUUUGUGGGUUACUUCUUUGCUGGUGGAAUAAUCCGUGCCCUGGGUCCCAAGCGCAUGAUGACUUAUGGAUUGUUUCUGUCGGGAACCUUUGGCCUUUUACUUUAUUUCUCCGUCAGCAGUCUAAUGACACUCAUUGUGUCUGCAACUUUCCUUACGAUUACGGGAAUUGCUGUCUCCUCCCUUUUGGGCGCUGUUGUGGCUCUUUUUCCCACCCAGUUAAGAACCGUUGUGGUUGCCAUUGCCAUGAUGUGUGGACGCUUCGGAGCUCUUUCCGGAAAUUUACUCUUCCCUGUAUUCGUGCAGAUAGGCUGUUUGCCUCCAUUCAUAAUGGUCUCUUCAGUACUAAUAUUAUCCGGCAUCCUGUCUAUAUUCCUGCCAAAUCCAGCAAAGGCUACAUUUUCUUAGAGAGAUCUUGGACUUCCCUUUGUGCAAGCGUUGGUUGAAAUUAACCAAAGGAAAGUCUUUGAAAUAUCCUUUUAAUGGCUGUGGUUUCACUCGGAAUCGGUUGCCUACUAAUUUAAAUCAGAUGUUGCGACAUUAGCUUAACUUUUGUUUAGUUGUACAAAUUAGAGAUAACUUUUCUAACUGGCUUAGCGGAGAUUAGACACUCAACUACUAUUUAUAUUUACCUUAAGUAAUCAAACCAAAUAUAUCUUUAUUGUUCUACAUUGUU